AUGGAUCCUCGUCGUAUAGUUCAAGCUUUACAAGCGUCUUUACAACCAGGACAAAGGGAAGACGCCGAGAAAUUGCUGGUUGAGGUUGCCGUAGCGAAGAUUUUGAAAUUCGACUUUCCGUCCCGCUUCCCCAAUUUUGUUGAUCAAAUUAUUGGCCACCUCAAUUCCAUAAAUUUCCGUGAAUUUCACGGAGCUCUCCUUUGUUUACACGGCUUAGUUCAGGCUUACGAACACAAAACCAAUGAUAAAGGUCCACUUCCCCAAGCUAUGUGUACCCUCCUUCCUCUCCUUCACCAUCGGAUAAGUGUUUUACUCUCCGACACCUCUGAUGAGUCUUUGACUCUCCAAAAGCUCAUUCUCAAGAUAUUCUAUCGUUAUACUGACUAUUAUUUGCCAACAUCUUCGAUCAAUGAGGAGUGGGUCACCCAGUGGCAUCUCCUAAUCUGUUCCCUUCUCGAAAGCUUCAACGAGGCUAACGAAGAUCCGGGUAGCGUGUACUGGAAACGCCAAAAGUGGGCCGCUCGUAUUCUCUACUGUUGGUUUACCUCUUAUGGGAGUCCCGGUAAUGUUCAAAAGAAAUAUGCCUCUUUUGCGGACUGGUAUCUGAAGCGCUUUUCAAAUCAGGUUCUCACCACCUUUCUCAAAAUCUGUGAUGCCUAUCGACGGCAGACUUUUAUUUCUCCAGUUGUCCUAGCCGAAACGCUCUCCUACUUGUCUGCUGCGCUAACCCACGCAUUCUGUUGGAAAAUUCUUCGGCCGUACUUUGACACCCUUUUGCGAGAUGUUAUUGUCCCUCUCCUCUCUUUCACAAAGGAGCUUGCUGAAGUGUGGGAGGAUGAUCCCCUGGAGUACAUCCGUUAUAAUACUUCUAUGUACAUGUCAGUAAAUAGUCCUUCUGAUGCAGCUGCCUCCUUUAUCAAGGAGGCUUGUUUAAAACGCAAGGGCAUUUUAGACAAGGCGAUGCGAUACUGUACUGAGGUGCUUAAUAAUGACGUUAAGCCCGAGAUCAAGGACGGUGCGUUGCAUCUAAUCGGUACGGUUUGCAGCAUCCUUCUCAAAGACAGAGUAUACAAGGAACAACUGGAAAACUUCCUGGCCGCCCACGUUCUUUCCCUGUUCGAAGCGCCGGAGGGCUAUAGAAGAGCUAGAGCCUGUUGGUUGGUGGGAAAGUUGUCGCGCGUUCAGUUCAGUAAUGUGGACAUUUUAUGCCAAAUUGCCAUGGUCUGUCGUCAUCUCAUGUGUUCGGACUCAAAUCUACCCGUGAGGGUUGCCGCAGCUACCACCAUCUUCUCUCUAAUUAAGGAUCAGAAAGAAGUCGAGAAAGCAAUGAAUAGUUACCUUCCAGAACUCGUUAUGCUGUUGCUUAAGCUCCUUCGUGAGACAGAAUUUGACGAUUUAAAUUCUGUUCUUCGUGAGGUAUUAGUCUACUCUGAUGAGCUCCAGCCUAUUUCAGUUCAAAUGCUGCAGCAUUUGUCGGGUACUUUUGUGAAACUAGUUGGAGUACAGGAGAAUGGCGUGGGAUUAGUAUCCACCGGUGACAGUGAAAGGGACGGUGAAUUCAAAUUUGAUGAGGCGAAGGAGUACCAAUCUCUGGUCGCCACGGGUGUUAUGGAAAAUAUUGAAACCUUGGUUUCGGUUAUGGAGGACAACGCGGAGCUGGUGGCCAGUUCAGAGAGCGUGAUAGUGCAGUUGGUACAAGUUAUACUCAAAAAUGAAAUCUCCGAUUUCUACGAUGAGGCCUUCUCUUUGGUGUGUUCCAUCACUUGCACACAUGUCUCUCCGCUUCUCUGGACUGUGUACGAUUGGCUCUACCAGGCUUUUUCGACCGAUGCUAACGACUGCUUCGUGUCCAUAGCACCUUCCCUACACAAUUACAUUACUGUUGAUCCGAAGGGCUUUAUUGCAUCUCCUGAUCGUGUGAAAAUGUUCUUAUCAAUGUGCGCACAGGCACUUCAAAGUGAAGAAGAACAGGCCAAUGAGGGUGUCCACGCCGCAAAGCUGUUAGAAGUUUUUGUUCUCAAUUUUCGUGGCCAGUUGGAUAGUUUCCUUCCCGAGGUCAUUGAACUGGCAAUUACUCGUCUUACACAAAAAUCUACCAUCCUCGAGCUCCGCAUUAGGUGUCUUCUGGUUGUCAUAGCAACAAUCAUCACUUCAUCCGCAACGGUACUGCCUAUCCUCUGCGGUCACAUGUGGCCGGAGACUCAAACUCGAAUAAUCGAGAACAUUCUCAAAAUGUGGAUAGACAAUAUCCAGAAGUUCAAUGGUUUGCAUGAUCGGCGGGUAUGCGUGUUUGGUAUGUGUACCCUCCUCUCUUUGAGUGCUGACCAGCGACCUCCCUCUGUUGAUGCUAUUGCGGCGCAGUACCUUCCAUCCCUCCUUCACGUCCUCACUAGUCUCAAGGAUGCGUACGCCGCCAAAAGGGAAAUGGAGAAAGAGGAGGAAAGUGAUUCCGAUGCCGAUGGUCUGGAGGUCGAUGAAGAUGCUGAUGAUGGCGUAGCGGUUGACAGCGAUGCCGAUGUGGUUGAUGAGGAGGGGACUCGGUAUCUUGAACUUCUUGAGGCGGUUGAGGCGGAAAUGGGGGACUCGGACGAAGACGAUGAUGAUGACGACGAUGAUGAUGAUUACUUCGAGGCAACUUCAGUAAUUGAGUCAUUUGAAACCGAACUUGACAAGGAGGAAAAUGAAAUGGAUGAGUAUGUGACCUUCUAUCAGUUGAUGACCCAAAUGGAAACGGGUGAUGCUGCCUGGUACCAGCGCCUUGUUAGCCCCCUCUCGGAGUCACAGAAAACCGAAUUCAAGGAAAUUGCCAAGACCGCUGUCAAUUGCAUGGCUCAGAAAGAAUCAAAGCGAAUCGAGAAGGCCGGUGGUUACAAUUUUCAGCAGACAGAUGUUCCAAGCAGCUUUAACUUUUCAGGCGAUCAACCACCUCAUUAA